CCCACUCCGAAGAGCUCACACGCGCCAGUCGCGACUCAACGCGCGGAUCAUCGACACGCCAACAAAUAAUUAAUUUGAAUUUUUUUUAUGUGUAACUUUUAGUGAGGAAGCGGUGAAAAUUUUUUUUUUAAAUUAUAAUCUGUGAUAGCUAGUCGGGCGAAGGCUCGGGUGGGGCGCGUUCCGCUGACACAGUGGCUCAGUCAGCGGCCGGUAGUCGAGUGGUAAGCACCAUCGAUUUUCUCCAUACGACUAUACGAGAGGUAUUUACUAUAUCACAACUAAUUACUAUUUACAAAGUGUGUUAUUUAGGUACGUUACACCCGGAGUAAAGAUCGUCGCAUAGUAAAACGUGAGCUGAAAAUGCAUAUUGAAGUGCAAGUCGCCCUCAACUUCGUCAUUUCCUACCUUUACAACAAGCUGCCGAGGCGGCGGGUCAACAUCUUCGGCGAAGAGCUGGAGAAAGCCCUAAAGGACAAGUUCCGGGGUCACUGGUACCCGGACCGGCCAUGCAGGGGGUCCGCCUUCCGCUGUCUGAAGACUGGAGGCCCCUUGGACCCAGUGCUGGAGCGGGCCGCAAGGGAAUCGGGCGUUCCCGUUCGGGACGUCUUGGAACAUCUCCCGAGGGAUCUGGCUGUUUGGGUUGAUCCAGGCGAAGUAUCCUACCGCAUCGGCGAGAAGGGAGCUGUUAAGGUGCUGUUCAGCAGUGAUGAAAGGGCUGCAGAUGAACGAACUGACAGAGAGGUGACGCGCGCGUUCAAUCCCGAGGCGCAAUGUUUCCGGCCGGUGGAGCCCGCGGCCGCUCCCUCCCCGCCCGCGCCCGCUGCCUUCUCCCCCGCACCGCCGCUCCGCGCCCAGCCGCUCACCUUCACCACUGCCACCUUCGCGCAGACCAAGUUCGGCAGCACCAAGCUGAAAACCAGCAGCAAGCGUGCCAACCGCAUGUCGCCCACCGAGUUCAGCAACUACAUCAAGCAGCGCGCGGUGCAGCAGCAGCUGGCGGCGCGCGCGCUGUCGCCCGCCACCGACCCGGCCGCGUACUUCGUGGCGCGGCGCGACCCCGCCCCCGCCUCCGCGCCCCCCUACCCGCCUGCGCCGGCGCAUCUCCUGCUCGCCAACUGAGCCUACGCGCGCUAGCCGCCCCGCGCGACCCGCUCAUAGAGUCUUUACUUUUUUACGAGAGAGACGCGCGCCGCGAUUUAUUUUUUUAUUUUCCGCGGGGGCGUCCCGCGCCGCCCGCCGCUUGUGAUAUCCGUACGAUUUUCCAUAACUUUUUGUAUUCUCGUUCGUUACGUCGAUGUGUAAAUUUAUCGAUAUAGGAGCAAUAAUCUGCCGCGCGACUCGCCGGCGAUUUAUUUUCGUAAUAUUUAAUGCCGAGUCAAGUUUUUGAUGUCUUCGUUCGAUAAUAUCGAUAUAUUAGUAGGGUGUAAGGGAGCGAGAGGCCGAAUGGCCGCGUGCGCAUACGACGACGUACCUUCUAGAGCGAGCCUGUAUACAUACGUCCUCCGAUCUAAGAAAAUACUGAUAUUUAAAUAUGUAUACAUAAUAUAUAUCUAUGUAUAUUCGUACGCGAUAAUCGUCUAAUUUUUCACGUGGAAAAGGCCAAUAGAGAAAUUACGUAUUUUUAAUAUUGAAAUUGAUAAUUCAUACUUACUAAUAGUAUACUGAUAUAAUAUUGUACUCGUAUCGUAUUCGUAUAAUAAUAAAUGUUUGCAUAUCCGUUCGGACGCGGUCGGACGGCGGCGGGCCGGCCGAGGGCGUCAAGAUCUCACCUAGUGUAAUCAACACUCGUACGAUUGUACCCUUAUAAUAAUUAUGAUAUACAUAAAAUAUUAUAGGUCUAGCUAUGUUUCAAUCUAACAGUAUUUUUUUAAGAAGAUAUUAGUCCUCGUGUACAUUGCCGGCCGACCGAACGCCGGCCGGUCCUUAGUCUGUAUGGUAUACUUUAUAUUGUUAUAAAAGACAUGGAUAAUAUGGAUAUGGUAUAAAUGAUAGAAAAAAAAUAUUUCUCAAUUCAUAAAUAACGGGUGCAUGCAAAUUCAUGGAAAUAAAUACUAUGUGUUAUUUAUCUUUUUUAUAUCUCACUUGGCGGAUGGUUCAGUUUUUCAAUGGAGCUAGUUAGCUUAGUGGUAGAGAUGUGUGGUUAGUCUGAGUCUUGCUUGUCUGGGAUUCAAAUUCGUGCCCGAAACUUCGUGUUCGAAGCACAACUGUGACGAGUUGAUAUGUACCUAUACAGAAAUGUGCAACUAUUUUUUAAUACUUUUAUAUUUUUGAUUUAGAUUAAGUCUAGCUGUAUGAUUUAAAUACCUUGAUGUGUACUUUAUUGUUACCCUAUUACUUAUAUUAAAUUAUUAUGUAAAUUAUAAUCGAGUCUCGAUUGAAAAACUGACUAAAAUGCUACAGUAUUUUGUAGAUAAAAUCUAUAAUGUAAGUUUAAUAAUAAUACAACUUAGAGAGUAAUGAGAUUUUUUAUUAUAAAGAUACUUUUUAUUUUUCUUUCUUUUGUAAGAUAUAUUCGAUGGAAGUGUUAAAGAUAAUAUAAUAUUUGCAUAAUAUAGUAAAUGUGGCUCUCCAUGCCGCGAAUAUAAUUAGUCAAUAAUAAUUUUUCAUAUUGUUGUACGACUUUUUAAGUUUAUAUUAAAAUGUUUUGUGCAAUCUAA